CUCUUCGGUCUCCUGAUCAGUCGCCGUGCGCUGUGCGGGUUCGAGUCCCGUCUCAGGAGAAAUUUUUAUCUUGGUUAUGGAUGUUGUGAUUGUCCAUAGGUAGUACAAAGAACACCCUGUAACAAUUGAGGAACGAAGCCCCGAUAUGUGUGCAUCUGAUGGUUAAAAGUCCAGGUGAUAUUAAGAUGUCAUACUUCAUUUGAAGAAUACCUGUCAUUUGUUUUCUGACGCAACAUUAAAAAUAAGGUGUUGAACGAAGUCACAAUUAUUACACAGCUAGAACUAUAGAACUAUAGUAGCAAACACGAGCAAGUUUCAGAGUACUAUUUUCAAUACAAUAAUAGGUAGUUUCAUAUCGCAGCACAUAUUUUUUAGUUUAGACUUGAAAAGCAAUAAGUGAUUGUUAUUGCGAAUUGUUUCGUUAUCUGCCAUUAUGUCGCCAAUACAUUCAUGAUUGCUUCAUAUUUCUUUAAGCAUAAAUCAAAUAUUGUCCUACCACAUUUGUCGUGCGACUCUCACGUUUCAGGUAAGAAGAACUCUAUUGUGACAUAAUUUGCAUAAGAGACCAAUUUGACCACAAUAGGACGAACGCAGAAUAAUUUUUUAAAACCAUUGAUUCCAAUGGCGGCAUUAACGCAAUAUUAAAAUAACUACUUUCUGCGAAAUUAAGAAAUUAAAUGAACAAUUCAACAAAAAGGAGAAAGGUGAAAUCGAGCAGACAAAAAAGGGGUGAUUGUCAACAAUGUUAGUAAAACUUUUAUGUUGUCUGGCAUUCCCACUGAGCUCAGCACUCUAUUACGUUCCACAAGGAAGCAUAUGUGCUCCAAGAGUCUUAUACAAGUACAAAAAUGGUGAAAUCUCAGGAGAGAUCAAACUUCCAUAUGAGAAUGAGCGAGCUGUUAUAUUAGCAAUUACACUAGUGUUCGCUCAACGUGUUCCAAACCCAAAAGUGAACAUAUCAAUGAAGAGGUCUGGAGCGCAGAUCUUGCGCGACGGAUUGCUAUAUAAGUUGAAGUUCGAUAAUCAAGAAGUAAUUCCAGAAAUCAUACGGAUUGUCGAGAAUGACCAAGUAAUAUGUGAAGGACGUCCAGAACCACCACUAGAGGUCGGUCCCUACGAAGUUGGAUCAGUUCCCGUAACAAUAAUUCACAGAUCACGCUUCCAUAGGGGAGGAAGAAGCCGCCAGCUGUAUGUGGAUGAUGAACCAGACGAGAUUCAGGUGCAAGAAGAUUGGCCAGACAUUGAUCUACCUGCAUUGAUGUAUGGCGAAUAGUUUGAAGAAAAAUAAUUUUUUUAUCCAUCUGUAUUAGUCUGAAAUUGCCUACUUGAUAAUAAAGGCGCAUAUAAAAAGAAUAUUGCAUUUUAGUUUUGUGGUUUGAAAGAAUC